CAAACUUUUGCAGUUCAAAGGUCAGAAAAGAUUAACGGUGCUUGGGAGGGGUGUGUUUGUGUGCAACAGUUUAUAGCUACUUCUUUGCGAAAUUCUCUGGACUCAAACUUUCCUUUAAGACGUUUUCAGCAUGGCUGAUGCGGAACAGCAGGUUCAGCAGAGUCUUGUGCGGCGGUUUCUCAACUUUGGGUACCUCAAAACGCCACAAGGUAUCUGUAAAGUUGCCGAACUGGUGCUUGGCCUGUGUUGUUGGAUCAUCAUCGUGGUUCACGCGUACUGCUGCGUGCAGGUGUUCGUCAUGUUCGUGUCCGUGGCCAGCUGGCUUAUCACGCUGCUCGGACUCUUCCUCUUCAUGUGCGGCAUUCACGAGAGGGUCAAGUUCGUUCCCUGGCAAUACUCAGAGUUGGGGUACAACACAGGAGUGACAGUACUGUACCUGAUUGCUGCCAUCUUACAGGUAGCCUUUGCUGGGAGCAGCGAUGCCUACAAGGCAGCUGGGGCAUUUGCCUUCUUCACGACUAUCGUGUAUGGAGUCGCUGCGUUCUUCAGCUGGCGACAGUGGCGGGGUAACCGCUCAGGAGGCGGAGACCAGGCAGUGGAGAAAACACCGGGUGCCAUUUAGGUGUCCCUACAUCUCAUACAUACCUAUCUGCUUGUAGUUUACUUGAAAAUUUAUAGCCCAGUUUCCCUAUUAACUGUUGUAAAUCCACUGUGGAUUAACCACCUGCAGAUGAUUGUGCCUUUGUGAUUUUAUGUAUUAUUUGAUAUAAUAGGAUACAUGACAUAAUUAUAGAAAAGUAAUUAACAAGAAAAUUGCAGUUAUUGUUAGGCAAAUGUGGAACAAUUUGGUGCCUUAUAACUAAUAUAUAAGGUAUGGGCUAACCAUAGUUUACAUGGCCUUUUGUACAUCGUAAUGAUGUAAUUCUAAUACAUACUGUAAUAAUAGAAUGAUGAGAUUUUAUACAAAAGCUGAAUAAUAUAUUUUAGAUCUACAUAAACCUUUCAAAACUAACAUGAUGUUACAUAUAACAAAAAUAUCUAAGUAAAUGUCAUGUGUAUAACCAACUUCUUAAAACAAUCCCUCUCUCUUUCACCACUUAUAAUGUGGUAUGUUAUUGUAUCAUUCUUAUAUGUAUCUUUUCAUGUGUUUUUAUUGAACAGCUGAAGGCUAUUUAAGUACACUAUAUAUCAGUUGUACAGACGUAAAGAUUUGUUUGGUUGUGUCAGUUAUGUAUUCAUAUUGGUGCCAGAAGCAGAUUGAUUUUGCAGUGAGAACAAUUAUGAAAUUUUUUGAAGGCCGUGUUGCAGUUUUUAGAUUUUUGUGGAUUUAUACAAUCAUUAAACAAACCUACGACUGCCCACCCUGUGCGCCAUCCUAGUUAGUUUUUCAGGGCUCCCAUAUUCCUAUUUCUCAUGGCAAAGUUUUUGGUCAGGGGGAUUGGUAGUGCCCAGGAUUUCUUGAAGGUCUGCAGCCAUAAGAAAUCCCAACCACUACUAUCCCCUGACCAAAACCUCUGCUUGGAGAAAACAGUAUUCCCAGAGUAUGGGAGCUCAGAUGAACCAAAGACAUUAUAGUCUUUGGAUGAACUAAAUAGGAUGGUGCCCUGUCAGCCAUUUUUUGGUGUAGAAAUUUUGGAGAUACAUGUACAUGUAAAUUCAUCUGAUGUCUAUGUGUUUGUUGCUGUCUUUGAUUUGAAGCCAUCAAUAGGGAUUUUUCUUUAGAAUUUUGUCUGCCUUGCAAUGGCAUUGGAUUUUCAUGUGUUAAAUGAACAAUAAAGCAUUUAUUAGUAAGUUCCUU